AUGAUGACAAACCCGUCUGAGCUAGGUGAGAAAUUAAACGAAGCUUGCAGCGUUGGAGUUCUUGAAGAAGUUGUAAAUCUAGUAAAUCUUGGUGCCAAUAUCAAUCACCAAAAUAAGGUAAAUGGUAUGACACCACUUCAUUGGGCAUACACGAGAAAACAUCAGUCUAUUAUUGACUAUUUGUUACUAAAGGGUGCUGAUCCGGAUGUUAGAAGGAAUGACGGAAAAAAGCCGCAUGAAAUGCAUGAAACAGUACAGAGUACAUUCGUUCCAAAUUAUUUGAAAUGCCCCUCAUUUCCCUACAUCAAAGCCACUGAAAGUUAUCAACCUGUGAAAGCUGAUUGUCCCACUGAAACCAUUAUAAAAGUUAGAUUAGCACAGUCGGAGGAAAAAGAUUUCUAUGAAUUUGAAGCUCCUACCAAAACAUGCGAUUAUCCUUAUUUUCUUCAAAUAAUUUCUAAGGAAUUAAAUAUCAGGCCUGAUGAAAUUAAAAAAGUUCGUAAAUUGCCGAACACAAUUGUUCGCUGUGAAGCAGAUUUACGAAGAUUAUCCGACGGAACUGAACUUGAGGUUGUUACAGGAUAA